CAACAUUCCAGGGUUUAUUUAUUUUUUUAAAGUGUAACGCAAAAAACCGAACAACUGCCGAGGAUCAAAGCAAGCAAGGCAUAGUCCAGUCCUAUGAAUCAGGCAGUACGAGUGCCACCAAUUUCUAGACAAGGUGAGCAUUUGUCCGACGAUGGUGCAUCUGCCAUUAAACCCUCUCGCCUCAAAAUAGCAAUACCAUCUGAGGAUUUCGACAAGAAGAAUUCGAACAGGAGGAUCAAAGAUGUUGAAAUUUGUGUCCCGAUAGUGUAUGGGACCAUUGCAUUCUAUCUUGGUAGGAAGGCCAGUGAGUCUCAAUCACACAAAUGGACAGUGUAUGUACGCGGAGCUUCGAAUGAAGAUCUUGGGGUGGUGAUUAAGCGGGUUGUGUUUCAAUUACAUCCUAGUUUUAAUAACCCCACUAGAGUUGUGGAGUCGCCACCGUUUGAAUUGUCAGAAAGCGGUUGGGGUGAAUUUGAAAUAGCCAUUACUCUCUAUUUCCACAGUGAUGUCUGUGAAAAACAGUUGGAUUUGUAUCACCAUUUGAAAUUAUAUCCAGAAGAUGAAUCUGGCCCCCAGUCUACAAAAAAACCUGUAGUUGUUGAAUCUUAUAAUGAGAUUGUUUUUCCUGAACCCUCUGAGGGUUUUCUUGCACGUAUACAGAAUCAUCCUGUUGUUAAUGUGCCUAGGCUUCCUGCUGCUUUGAAUUUACCAAGUCCUGUACCAAUUGACACUAUGAGUGACAAGGAGAGAGGUGACACCAAAGAUCAUUCUCUAAGCCAAUGGUUCUUGAACUUCUCCGAGGCGGAUGAGCUCUUAAAACUUGCAGCAGCACGCCAGCAGGUGCAAGCUCACAUUGUUAAGCUGCGAAGACAAUUAAGUUUGGUGGAGGGGCUACCUCAGCUGUCAAAACCACCCUCUGGUUAUGAAUGUACAUGAUUUUUCAUUUUAAAAUUUUUGGGCUUCCCCUUUAGGAUCAAACUUGGAAGAUCAAGGAUGAAUAAUUAUGUAUAUAGUCUCCGUUGUAGAUUGUGUUGAAUAUUUUUUAUCAAAGUUUUAGAAGAAUGGACAUGUUUAAUAGCAUUUAUGCGUAAAGUUUGUAGUGGUUGUAGAUAUAUGUAUUGGUCAUACUUUGAUGAUUA